ACAGACUGUUGGAGGUCAGACAAGAGCACUGAAGUCGAUUCUCACAUUACCCGUCCUCCUGUAUAACGUCGCGAUGUACUGCAUCUUCGGUCAGAUGGUAAAUGACCAGAGCGAGAGGCUGAUGGACUCAGCAUACAGCAGCGCGUGGGUGGACUUCGACGCUCGAUCCAGACGCAGCCUGCUCACCUUUUCAAUGGUGGUCGGGCAGCCUCUGAAAAUCAAAGUGGGAAAGAUGUACACGUUGAACAAACAGACAUUUUUGCAGGUGUUAAAUGGAUCGUAUGCGAUGUUCAACAUGCUUUAUGGAUCCCAAAGUAGCAAAUAACGUCCCAUUUUUCUACAUUGGCAUAAAAAACUCAGCCUACAUCUCAACGCAAGGAUUUCC